GUGACAAGUCGGCCACUGAAGAGAGAGAGAAGAAAGAUUGGUUUUCCGAAGCGCCCGCCAUUGCCGAAGAGUGCUUAAGAAGGAGGUUUUUUGCUCUGAAAUCGGAGUUAAACGUUAUUCUGAGUCAGCAUCAUGGUUCAGCUAAUGAGGUCCGAUACGGAUAGCCACUGUGUGAAAAAGGUGAAGUUGGAGAUUCAAGAUGAAAUUCCCCCUCUUCACUCCCACAAGCGACCCAAAUUGGAAUCUCCCCCGAAGUGUGUUUCGAGUGAUGAUUGUCUUCCAAUUCCUCCAGCUUCGUAUAAUCCCUUGGAUGAGCCAAGCCCGUUAGGUUUGCGUCUCAGGAAGAGUCCUUCCCUUUUGGAUUUGAUUCAGAUGAGGCUCUCCCAACAAGAUGACCCCAAAAAGAAAGACCAAAAGGGUUCUGCUUCUACUGCGGAUUCUAAACUCAAGGCUUCCAAUUUUCCUGGUACCGUUUUGAAAAUUGGGACUUGGGAGUAUAAGUCUAGAUACGAAGGAGACUUGGUGGCAAAGUGUUACUUUGCAAAGCAUAAGCUGGUAUGGGAAGUUCUUGAUGGUUGUCUUAAGAAUAAGAUUGAAAUUCCAUGGUCUGAUAUCAUGGCUCUCAAGGCAAACUACCCUGAGGAUGAACCAGGAACUUUGGAAGUAGUGCUGGCAAGAAGACCCUUGUUUUUUAGGGAGAUCAAUCCACAGCCAAGGAAGCAUACCUUGUGGCAGGCAACAUCAGACUUCACUGGUGGACAAGCCAGCAUACACAAGCGACAUUUUCUGCAGUGCCCGCAAGGAUUGUUAGGCAAGCAUUUUGAGAAGCUCGUUCAGUGUGAUCCCCGUCUCAACUUUCUAAGCCAACAGCCAGAUUUGGUGUUGGAGACUCCAUAUUUUGAACCUGGAACUGCAAUCCAUGACCACAUUGAAUCUAGUGAUGGUUUUGAUAGAAAAAGCGAAGAGCAAGCUAGCAUAUUUGGAUUGCAGGAUGUGGAAUCAGGAUCUGCAGUUCAAUCAUCUUCCUCCAAAAGUGAACAUAAUCUCGUGGGUAAAGCUGUUGAAAAUGUUUCCCAAGAAAUUACCUCACCUAGCUCAGUGAUGAACGCCCAAACAAUCAAAGAUUUCAGGUGUAGAGGAGCGGAAACUUUGAAGUUUCUCAGUAAUUUGGAUCAGAUAAAAUUGCCUGGACUUCACCCUUCUAUGUCAAUGGAUGAUUUGGUAAGCCACAUUGGACAUUGCAUUUCAGAACAGAUAGCAUCUGACAAUCCCAUCUUCGGCGGGGACAGCCAGUAUAGUAGAUCCAUUCUGGAGGAAUUUACCCAAUACUUGUUCAAUGACUCUCAACAUACAACAGCCUCUGAUGAACAAUAUGUAAUGUCAAGGGUGAACUCACUAUACUGCCUUCUGCAGAAAGACCCUUCUACAACACAAGACACAAUGACCAGAAAUGGUAAAGGUUUGGAUGCAGAUGAGGGUGCAAAAGUUGGUGUGAGCAACUCCACACACACACAGUUAUCAUCAUGCAAAACUAAGGUGGCUGAUUUGGAAGUUCAACCAGAUGAUACUUCUGGCUGCAAGCAGGGAACUGGCAUGACUAGGAAGGAAUCAGCUGGCGAUUUACUUCUUAAUCUUCCAAGGAUUGCAUCUAUGCCGCAGUUUUUAUUUCCAGUGUCGGAGGAUUCUGUUAAUAAAGUUAGAUAAUAAUGACCUAUCAAAGCUUGCAAGCAACACUAAAUCCAUUGUGAUCUUCCAACAGUGUGAAUAUUGUAUCUGCUGUUUGUUAGUGGGAUUCAGAAAUUCACAUUGAUGAUGAAUCCCGACAGACAUAAUGGGACAUUUUAUAUUUUCAGCUCAACAAAAUAAGAGAAUAUAAAAAUGUGGAACGAGUGAGAAAAUCUUUCUAUAUAGCCUCUUGACAAGAUGAAGAAUGAAAUGAUCAUAGACCUGAAAAUGGAAAAUGAUCUUAAGAGUGUGAUUUAUGUUUACCGAGUAACUGAAUCAACAAGCAAAAAUAUUUAGAACAAUACUCUUUUAUUGCUUAAAGAGAAACAACAUAUAAAUUAAUACCAAUACAGUCACUAGAAGAUUUACAGUUUUUUUUUUCUUUUCGAGAUAAAUGAAUAAUAUGUUCAUUGGGUUUGAUCUCACCCCAUAUAUUACUACACUAUGCACUCUAAUAAAGUAACCAGAGAAACAUCCAAUAUGCGCAGCCAACUAAACAACCCGGACAAAACCUACAAAAAGAAUUUAAUACGCGCGCGCGCACACACAAAAGGUAUAAUACACUUUAAGGAGGUAUAAUGCACUUUAAGGUUCAUCCUGGCCUUCAUCUCCCAUAUGUUCAGUUUCUUGUAACAUGUUCAUAAGCAUGUUCACUUGUUCUUGAAGCAUUGCAUUGUCUCUUUCCACUCGAGCCCGUUUACUCCUUUCUUCUACAAGCUGGAGUUGCAAGUGCUCCAGACAUCGUGAAUCCUCCUCUAGUUGUUCAUUUAGCCCAUCUAUUUCCCUAUCCUGCAAGAGAAGCAAAUGCCUCAGCCUCAGUUUCAGGCGUAUAAUAAUUGUGCUUAGCUAGCAAGUCAAGGUGCUUAGGAAACAUGGAACCUUUCUGUUCAUUUCUUGGAUGGCAAUCCUUCUCAUGCUUUCAACAACAUCAACAUUGACAAGCUUUCGCUUCUUUCCAAUCAACCAGCCCUUUGGAUAGUUUGCAGAUUCAAAGUCCGGCGGAGGAAGUAAAGACUCAGCCGAGGGUCGUCGGCCAUUGAUGUUCUUUAUAGGUUCUAAGGGUUCAAACAAGGCCUUUCGACGCUCUGAAAGCUCAGAAACUGCAGUGGAAUUGUUCAACUCCUCACUAGCAGGAGUAGGUGUUAGAGGAUCUUCUUCUUGCUUCAUGGGUGGUUUAUUACCUGUUUCUUCUGAUACCUCUAAAUUCCUCCCGCUACCUGUGGGGAACAAGUUACCAUUUCUCUUUUGCAGCUGAGAAAAUUUUCACAACAAAAACAAGCUAUAUUUGCUAUAAGAUGUUCACCAAUGUAGUCAUAUCCAUUGCACUCAACAAAUGAUUACCAUAAGAACAAAAUUAUAGCUAUGUUGGUACUAUUUUCUAAUAAAGACAAAUUAUAUGUUGUUUUUUAAGUACCGUUUAUUAAUUAAAAUUAGAGUUUUAUUUUAAUAAAAUAUUUAUAUUUAAUGUUAUUACAGAUUACUGAGAUAAAAUUAUAAUUUUAACUGAUAAACAAAAACAACAAUAUUUAAAGAACUGCAAUUAAAUUUCCUCUUUUUGAUAAUGGCUAUCGAUUUUAAUUACCAAGAUGAAAAAAUAGUGGUUAUUGAGAUGAAAUAUGGAUUUCGGUUAGAUGAUUCUUAUAUAAUAUAUAAGCCAAUAGUAACAAGGUAACUUAAAAAUGAAAUCUAUAACUUAAAUAGCACAUAAGUGAUCAAACCUAUAAUUAUAUUGUCCCCUGCCUAGUAUUUUAUGUCCUCAUGAAGCGAAGUUUCCACGAGAGAUUAGUCUUAAAGUUGAAUUUAUCAACGGCCAAGGCAAAUAGCGUUUCACAUAUUAGAAGCAAUGGGCUACGUGUAGUGUUAGUUGACUUAUUUGCCUGCUUUAAGCCUAACUUCGCAGCUUCCAUUUUACACGAAACUAUACUAAUGUCAUACUAUAUAAACCUAUUCUUUUGGAUGAACAAAUUGACUUCAACUUCAGUCAAGGUGAAGCAAUCCAUGCUAAUGGAUUGCCUUGAAUAUGGUUGAGUAUGGAUACCGAAAGCCUAUUCAACAAAUACUAAGAUACACCCAUUGAAAAAAAGAAAAGGAAUAGAAAAAAGGUAAUGUUGACACGUUUAGAUGAACCAUCGAUAACAAGAGCAACAUCAAAAUCAAGGAAACCAAAAUGAAGGUUACACUGAAGAGGGUUGGUUGGAGGGAGGGAGGGUGGGCUGUCCAACAAUGCAAACCAAGAUAUGCGUUUUUCUCUUUUUCUUUUCCCCUAUUUGUGUCCUUCAUGAAAUACAAUAAAUCAUCAUAUCUACAAUUAUCACAAAUAAAACUUUGAACAAGAUGUCUAAAAUUGUCGUGUUGUAUUCACCAAAAAAAAUAUUUGUCGUGUUGCUUUUAUUACUAUUAGAUCAAAAUCGGAGUGUCAGCUCAUAAUAAUGAGGCACUAAUCAGCUAACAAAUUGCUUCAUAAUUUCAUUAAAAUUAAUUUUUUUUUAUCAUAUUCUAACAGAUUUGGAUCUGAAUUAUUAUAGGAUACUGAUAACUACAUAAAAGCGGAGUUGGGUAAGCCAAUGAUAACAAAUAAAGCAACUUAACAUAAAAGUCACACCAACUGUUAAACAUAAACCCUGUUUUACGCUUCUCUCUAAAAGAGUGAAUAAUUUUGCAGGAAUCCCAGAAAGCAAUCCCAAAGCUAAAUGGAAAAAGGAAGACCCAGUUAGAAAUCGUACAAAAAAAUUCACAGAUUAUUGGUAGAGAGCUGAAAAAAUGACCAAAACAUUGAAUUCCACACACAAAUCUUAAAAAAAUGACAUGACUUUGAUUUAUGAGAGAAAGUAAGUACAAUUGAGAAAUUGGUAGGAAGAAAGAGUAGAAGGAGAAAAAAAAAAGUUUUUGAAGU